CUUAGUAUUUGUGAGUUAAUUGCGAUUAAGCUUCUGAACCGAGUGGAUGUAUAUUGAGCUUGGUAUCCUUUAUGUUAUCUGAAGCAAUCAUUCUGGUUGGUUCGUAUAAGUAUGUUUUGUGGAGCUCAUCUGUAUCUUCCUUUGAUGUGUUGUUUUGUUCUUGAAGCUGUGGGUUUCGUACCAAAUAAUGCUGUGAGGGCCUUCCGCCAUCAAGCUUCUGGUGGAUUUAGCUGACCGGCCGGACAAUUUUUCCUUUUAAUGUCUUAUAGUUUUCAUUUAAUAAAAGCAAUCUUCUAGUGAAGAUAGAUUUCACAUGUCCAUCGUUGGUUCUUAUACGUCUCUUAAAUAAAGGAACGACUACUUCUUAAUCUGCUAUAAAAUGGAAAGGUACAAGUUAAUUAAGGAAAUUGGUGAUGGAACAUUUGGAACUGUGUGGAGAGCUAUUAAUAAACACUCUGGUGAAGUUGUUGCAAUUAAGAAAAUGAAGAAGAAAUAUUACUCAUGGGAAGAGUGUGUGAAUCUGAGAGAAGUAAAGUCACUGCAGAAAAUGAAUCAUCCCAAUAUUGUGAAGCUUAAGGAGGUCAUCAGAGAAAAUGACAUUCUAUACUUUGUGUUUGAAUAUAUGGAAUGCAACCUAUACCAACUUAUGAAAGGCAGGGAAAAGCUUUUUUCAGAAGUUGAAAUCAGAAAUUGGUGUUUCCAAGUGUUUCAAGGUCUUGCAUACAUGCACCAGCGGGGAUAUUUUCAUCGCGACCUAAAGCCUGAGAAUUUGUUGGUUACUAAAGAUAUAAUCAAAAUAGCUGAUUUUGGUCUUGCACGAGAAAUAAGUUCACAUCCACCUUACACAGAGUAUGUCUCAACACGCUGGUAUCGUGCCCCUGAAGUACUUCUUCAAUCAUUCCUUUACACUUCAAAAGUUGAUAUGUGGGCUAUGGGUGCAAUCAUGGCUGAGUUGUUCACCUUACGUCCUCUUUUUCCUGGCACAAGUGAAGCAGAUGAAAUUUACAAAAUUUGUAGUGUGGUAGGCACUCCAACUGAAGAUUCAUGGCCGGAUGGGCUUAAUCUUGCAAGAACUAUAAAUUAUCAGUUCCCAGAGUUCACUGGUGUGCAUCUUUCUGCACUGAUUCCUUCUGCAAGUGAUGAUGCAAUAAACCUUAUUACAUCUCUCUGUACAUUGGAUCCUUGCAGAAGGCCUACUGCUGCUGAGGCGCUUCAACAUCCCUUCUUUAAGAGUUGCCUUUAUGUUCCACCCUCUCUGCGUCCUAAAGCAGCUGUUUCUAGAACUCCUCCAUCUGUUGGGGUGAGACAAAAAUUGGAACAGCAAUCAGCUAAAAUGUAUUCUGGUGUUCUACGCAAUGCAGGGCCCACGGGCAAUCUUUCUUGUCUAAAGUCAAGUGCUUCUAUGGGUGCAACAACAGGUGUGCAACGCAAGCUGGAGAUGGUUAAUCAGAAUGAUCAGAAAUCCUUGAAGAACACUGAGAAGCAACCAAGGUAUCGGCCACCAGGAAGAAAGAGUCCGACAGCAGCCUCAAUCAACAAGCAUAGAAAUGCUGGAGGAGCUUUGGACGUAGCGGAGAAGUUGGCACAAGUUACAAUUGGAAAUCAGAGGCAGAAUAUUGGGCAAUUAAGGCCAGCAGCAGCAAAGAAGGGUGGGGUUCAGUGGAAUGUGGAAUCUAAAAAUGACAUGUUUCUUAGACCGACCCGACAGAUACAAUCUGGCAGAAGUUUUUCCAGAAAAGUAGGGGGAUGAGGAGAUGGGUGGCCCAUAGUCAUGGUUUUAUGAUAAUUACUUACUGCACUUAUUGGUAUUAUAAUAUAUAAGAAAACGAGGAGUCCAAACAAUUUUCUUUUUUGAAAACUGAGUUUUGUGUUUCAGUUAUGUACUAGAGGAUGGUUUGUUUGUUUGUUUGUUUGUUACACAUUGACGGUUGCUUGAUGAUUAUAAUAAAGUGGGAGU